AUGGCUGCGAGUCACUUCCAGCAUCUCCCCUCCGGUUUAUCCUACAACGGGUUCAAACCAACGGUCGAAACCCUCCAAGCAAAUACCGACCUCCCAACCCUAGAUCACUGGCACUCCCGCGGCGGUCUCACCGGCCGAGGCGUCCUAAUUGACUUCAAAUCCUACGCCGCAGCAAAAGGAAUCCAAUACUCCCCCUUCUCGGCUUUCCGAAUUAGCGCCGCAGACAUCGAGGCAGUCGCUGUCCAUCAAGGAACUACCUUCCAAAAAGGCGAUAUCCUCAUCAUCCGAUUCGGGGUAACAGAGGCACUGGGACAAAUGAACGGGGACGAACAAUCAGCCGCCAUGGCUCCACUGCGAUGCUGUGGGAUCGAAGGAACCGAAGAUAUGGCACGUUGGCUAUGGAACAGACAGUUUGCUGCCGUUGCCAGUGAUAAUAUAGCCGUGGAGGCUAUGCCGCCCAUUAUUGAUGGGGUGGAGAGACCGCCGACCGAGUUUGUGGCUAAUUGGGUAGUGUUGCACCAAUGGUGUCUUAGUUUGCUUGGAAUGCCUCUUGGGGAGCUGUGGGAUCUCAAGGCCCUGGCGGACGUGUGUAAGAAGGUUGGAAGGUAUAGCUUUCUAUUGACCUCGGCGCCGUUGAAUGUUCCUGGUGCCGUUGGGAGUCCGCCGAAUGCGUUGGCUAUUUUGUAA